UCUGCAGGAUUUGGGACACACAGAUUUUGAAGUAUGUUCAUCUGUGUCACAGAAGGCAGAGCAAUGUGCAGCAGCGGAAAGACAGAAAGAGCAGACUGUGCAUACUGCCCAGAAACAAGGCAUCCUGUCAAAACUAGUUGAGUUCUUUAGAAGUUGGUUUCCUUUUCUACAGUAUAAGAAAAAUGAUGACAUACUUCACCGACUGGGAUGUCUCGCUGUUUCUUGCCUUUGUAAGUGCACUGCUUAUGCUCCCUUCAUGGUGGAAGGAAUCAUCGUGGCUGCUGUGGGGACUAGUUCUGCUUGUCUAUGCAGUCUUUCGAGUGUGGGGCACAUGGAGGACAGCCAAGUUGCAAAUAUCCCUGCAAAAAUACUGUAUCCAGCUGGAAGAAACAGUGGCGAAUAGCCGAGCUUUUACUAAUCUCGUGAGGAAAGCUCUACGACUCAUUCAAGAGACUGAAGUAAUUUCCAGAGGAUUUACCCUUUUGCUUGACAGGGUCAGUGCCGCUUGCCCAUUUAAUAAAGCUGGACAGCAUCCUAGUCAGCAUCUUAUUGGUCUCCGGAAAGCUGUUUAUCGAUCUGUCAGAGCCAACUUUCGAGCUUCAAGACUGGCUACUCUAUACAUGCUGAAAAACUACCCUCUGAACUCAGAGAGUGACAAUGUGACCAGCUACAUCUGUGUAGUCCCGUUUAAGGAGCUGGGUCUGGGGCUGAGCGAAGAGCAGGUCUCUGAAGAGGAGGCACACAAUCUAACUGAUGGCUUCAGCUUGCCUGCGCUCAAGGUCCUCUUUCAGCUCUGGGUAGGGCAGAGUUCAGAAUUCUUCAGAAGGCUGGUGCUGCUUCUCUCCCCAGCCAACGCAUCCCCUAAGCCCUUGGUCUCCCCCGAACGGCUGCCUCAUCAUAUCUUGUCUGAUGUGACUCAAGGCCUACCUCAUACACACGCUGCCUGCUUAGAGGAGCUUAAGCGAAGCUAUGAGUUUUAUCGAUACUUUGAAACUCAGCAUCAGUCAGGUUUUGAAUGGCCAACCAGAACAAAGCAGAAGUCAAGAGAGCUGAACAGUCUUCAGGCAGCGGUACGCAGCUUGCAGCUUCAUCUCAAGGCACUGCUCAAUGAGGUAAUAAUUCUUGAGGAUGAACUUGAGAAAAUUGUUAGCACUAAGGAGACACCUGAGUUGACAACAGAAGCCCAUCAGGUUCUGGAACAAAAACUAAAGUUUAUUCAGCCUCAUAUCCAGGCAAGCAACAGCUGCUGGGAAGAAGCCAUUUCUCAGGUGGAAAAAAUGAGUGGAAGAAACACGAAUAAAAAAGGUAAACUUGAAGUUUCCUGUGACAACCUACAGCGUACUACAGUACCUUUAACACAGCCUGCCAUAUACAUAGAAAACAAAGAUCCAAUCCCUGAAGAGCAGGAAUUGGAAGCAUAUGUUGAUUAUUCAGAUACAGAUAAUGAAUACAAAAGGGAAGAUUUUUACUGCUUUUCCCAGGAAGAAAGAGAGAGACAAGAACGAGAGAGACAAGAAUCUAAGAGGGUGUUACAAGAAUUGAAAUCUGUACUGGGAUUUAAAGCUUCAGAAAUAGAAAGACAGAAGUGGAAACAGCUGCUAUUCAGUGACCAUGCUGCAGUGAAACCCUUGUCUCCUGUAGAACUGCUGAAGCUACCAAAUAAUAUGGAAUCACAUAUGAAUUCAGAUACAGAAAAUCAGGACUGCAGCCAAAGUUGUGAUAAAUCUGAAGAAAAAGACUAUAAUCCAAAAGUGAAUGCUGCUGAUAAAAGCAGGACAGAAUACUUGUAUGAAGAUCCUGAGAUGGAGAAAAACAAAGACAGUACUGCUGAUGAAGGUAUUUCUACAGGGGUUGAAGAAAGAAUGUGUUAUCAGCAUGAAGGCGAAGUUGAAGAACUCAAGCCAAGCAAUAUGGAUGGAGUAGAGGUUUCACAGUCUCCAUCUAAGGAUGCAUUACAUUCAAAAAUCAAGCAUAGGCUGGCCCAGCUCCACAUAUCAACAGAUUUAAACUUCACGUCUGGUCUGGCUGCACAAGUUGCUGCCAGGUCUUUCACUUUUACUACAAUGCAAGAAGAGACUUUUGGAGAUGAGGAGGAGGACGAGGAGGAGGAGGAGGAGGAAGAGAAGACACAGGAGUGUGAAGACCUUGGGGAGGCCUGUGAGAAUGAAGAUAGAGGCUCUGAAAGUGAAGGAAAAGUAUUAGUCUGAGCUGAACUUUGUGAAACCAACAGCAGGCAAUUUUAUGGAAAAAACUAAGGUGCAGGUUUGAAGAUACUGGAUGGAAAAAAAGGAGACCUAAAUAUAAUACAUCUUGUUCCCUAAGUCUGAUACACUAAAUAGGACUUCUAAGUAUUUGAAAAUUUGCAGGUAAGAGAAGUGUAGGCUACAUCCAAGAAAUAGUUGGCCGUUCCCUUUUUAAGAUCCUAGUGGUGGGUUUUGGAAUUUACCUUUCUGUUUUCUGUUUUAUUUAUUUAUAUUAUAAUGUAAUGGGGGGGAGGGUGUUCUGAAAAAAAAAGGAAAAACAAUGUCUUGAAUCACAACAGACUGGAUUUUUUCUCCGAUUCUGCUGUCGUGGUAUCGAUGUUUGUUCCAACAAAAAAGCCAGGACAUUUCUUUUUGGAAGAACCUGAACUGUUCCCUGUGAUCUUUCCCCACCACUUUUGUUUUCACUACUUGUCUCUGCAGUGUGUUGGCUAAGCCACCGUAGGCAUUUGUGAUUCUGUGGCUAGUGAUGUGGCUCCCAACUAAAAUGUAGAAUUUUAAAUAAAAACUUGAAAAAGCUAGUAUUUGAUGUGUCUUGGGAUAUGGGGCUGAAAUAGUAUAAAGUUAGUCAUGCUUCAUAUUAAGGUUUAUUUAGAAUUUUAUGAAGGGUUAAUAAAUAAUUUCUAGAUCUUGUAAUUCAUGUUAAUUCAUGUGUAGUACAUGUUAGGGAGAGUUAGAAACACAUCAGUAGAAAGUACUGUAGGCAUCUAGAAGCGAUCUUUGGAUUAAUAAUAGAUGAGAAGUAAACACCUAUUUAUUAAAACAGGUAUUAAUUAUUUGUUAACCUUUUGUAAAUUGAACCUUAAUAUAAUUGUUUGAUUUGAUAUGAUGAUUGUUGGUACAUUUUUGAUUAUGUCCUGAAGUAAUUUUCUUAAAGCAAAUACAUCUGAGUGCUUAACAUACAGUACUUUGUUUAAACAGCAUAUUUGCUUUUCCCUGAUGGUCUUUCAUUUUUCUUUAGAUCACAGCUAUAACCUGUGUGAUUAAGAUCCAUGAGAGAACAAGAAUUGUGUAUUUUCUAAGGUGUAUCUUGUAACUUAGUUGACACUGAAGUCUGGAUGUUUGUUAUGAGGUUAUGUGGGUUGUUUUCUUUCUCUGUGGUGGUGUUAUGAGGAGCAGCAAAUGGAUGCUCACCUCACAGAGGAGCUGGUUAAUGGUUUCACUGCCUUCUCUUCCUUUUGCCCUCUGACACAAAAUGAAACAAAGGCCUCAUGUCUCUAAUGGCAAGAGUGCUGCCUCUUUGUACAGAAUACUCUCCUUGGGCCUGGAUGCAUUUCCAGUCACAAAACACCUCAUCUGUUACUUAGGCGACUUAUUGUCUCUUGCUGAUUCUAUAAAGGGUUUUUUAGAUGCAAGUGGUUUGGCACAAUAUCUUUCCUUGGAUGCUGCUGUGGGAGUUGGGGAAACUAAUGAAGGUCAGCAACUUAGGGUGGCACUCUUGACCGUAUGUCAGAAAACAAGAGCUUUCUUUCAGCCUCUCUCUCUGCUAUUAGUGAUUUUGUAUGAAUGCUGUUAAAUAUGUGGAUUUUUUCACAAACCAUGAAGAGGUAGAUAUCAACUGAUAGAGAAGGGAAUGUGACUUACACUGUUCUUUCACAAUAUUAUGUCAGUAUUCUCCCUCACACACGGAUUUUGGGAAGAUAAAGUUUUGCCUUUUUUCAUUAACCAGUAAUACUGUGUUCUGUGCCCUUAAUUUUGUGUAGGUGACUGGAAGAUGAAUGGAUGAUGUCUUGGGGAACUCAUAAAAGAAAAAAGAAUGCUUCUCAUAGUGUAUUCAGAAGCUAAGCCUCCUCUUAGUGGUAGAAUAUAUUCUUCUGUAACCUAUAAAGUUUAGGUUAAGAUGUUGAAAGCUGUUUUUAUUUUCUCUGUGGUAAGCAGGUUAUUUUACCAAGUCUAGAACAACUGCUUUGGAUAAAUUGUGUUUGAAGCAUUGUCCAUGCUUCUGGAAAAGAAGUCUUUCUCAACCUCGACUUGAGAUCCUUGAGUUCACAAAGUGCCCAGAUAUUUUUUGUUCCUAGCUAAUUGUUCUGUCUAAAUGUUUGUUCCAUUACUAUUUUUUCAUUAACUCAUCCACCAGCAUCUCAUGAGCUGAUGUGUAUCCCAGAAGUGAUACUCCUGAACUUUUCCCAUGGGAUGCAAACCUUAAUUUACAAUGUGUAUAGCUACAAUACCAACCUGGAAAAAUGAUCAGAUUUAGGAUACGAGUUAUCAUUGUUCUCAGUUUUGGAUGAAGUCAGUAGUAGCCUGAGUGCUUUGCAUUGUUACUAAAAUAGGUUUCAGAUCUCAUGUUUAUAACAGUUGUUAGCUUUUUAUUCCUUUGCUGCAGUCUUAGUAAAAGACCUGGAGAAUCUACUUUGGUGGCUUACUUAGGGCCAAGUUUUAUAAGACACUGGUCUUGUUGAUGAAACUGGCCUAAGAAACCCCAUCAUUUGUUCGUUUUCACUUACCAGCUGGGUCAACACAGGGUUUUGUGGCCAUGUUAUAAAGCAGCUCACUAGGGUCAAAAUUUGGGUCAAAAACCCACCCUUUUUUAGAGGUUACUUUUCACUGUUCUUAUUGCAGUGAUGCAGUUUACAGCAGUUACCUCCAAACAGCUGUAUCAGCACAUACUGUGUUCCUGGCGUGAGACUCAGGGUUGCUCACAUUUACAUUAUUGGCAAAGGUGAUGUAGUGUGAAAUUGCAGCCUUAACGUUAGACAUGGGUAUGAUCAAAGUAUGACUUUUUGGAGCAAGUUCUGAUCCUAUUUUGAACAAAUAGAUUUUUCUACAAGCAAUUUAACUAUUUUCCGUGGUUUUACUUAAUGCAGUCUUAGAAGCUACACAUAUGAACACCUGGGCUCACUUGCUUUCUCUGCUUCAUUACAGCUAUAUGUAACAGCCAUCAAUUAGUUUGAUCAAUCAUUUCUUUUGAUUUAUUUAAUAUUCUCCCUGCACAAAACUAUGGCUAACAGUGUGCAGCACACAAAGCAUGGCUUCCCUUGAUUUUAAAACCAAGUUCCAUCUACAUAGAAAUAGUAGAAUCCAGAUUACCU